AUGAGGUGUAAAUUGAGUGAGCAGAAGCUUCUGGCUGCCAGAGAGCUCACAGAUCCCAAAGUGAACGGUGAGGCAGCUAAAGCAGCACUGGCCAAUGAGGAUUGUCCCCACAUAGACCAAGCCAAUUCCCCUGAGGACGGUCAGAUCUUUAACCCAAGCCAGCCGCGGGGAGACACUCCGUGUUUUCUGCUAAACGUCGGAGGACGAUCCACAAACACGGGCACCCGAGUGAGGAAGGCCGGAAUGUUCUCAGGGAGGUCAGGGGCGGAGCCAGCCGGCCCGACGCAUGGCACACAGGGUUACCCACUUCUGCAGCUAGGCUGGGCGCACAGCCCAGAAGAUGGCCAUGCCAGGGUCACCACCUGAGAUCCAUCCCUGUUUCGCUGUCAUACGUUCAAACAGCCCACAGCAGCCUUAGAUAAAUAAAAGGCCCCUACACGCUAUGUAGCUUUACAGGCUGUCAAUUAACGUCAGCAAAUGUAGUGAUAUAAAAACCAACACACGUUCAUGUUAUCUCACACCUGUUCUAGUUUGACCCCUGACCCCUGCUGUAUGAAUAGACUUCGGAUCACACCUUAGAGUGACCUUUCCACAAUAAUUACACCACUGACAGCAACAACAUAAACCGGUCAUUUCUGAUCACAUUCAAAAGAAUAU